AUGGAUUUUGAUGAAAUUAAUGAAGAUAUUUCAGACAUAUAUCAAGACGGUGAGGAUACGACUGAUAAUGAAGAAUCGUGUGAUGUAUCUCAAGAAGCAAAUGAGGUGAAGGAGUUGAAAGUAAACGAUACGUUCAUCACAUUUGAUGAAUUGGAGAAAAGAAUAAAAAACAAACAGGGAGUCGAACGACAUAUUGAAUUGAAUUUAAAAUAUUAUUCAAUUCGAUACUGUUGUAUCAAUGGUGGCAAAAAAUUUAAAAGUAUGUCUACUGGAGAAAGAUCAUCCAGCACUUUUCAAAAAGGUUGUCAAGCGUCAUUUAAAGUGAGAGUAAAUGAAGAUGGUAUGAAGUUAAUUAUAUCGGACAUCAAUUCAGACCACAACCAUCAAACGAUUAAAGAGCUGUAUGAUCAUUUGCCUCAAACCCGAAGAAUGACUCCAGAAGUAAAAAAAUUUAAUAAAAUAGAUCACUUGGAGUUGGAAUACAAUGAUAAAUUAAAUAUUUAUGAAGAAAUUAUUUCGCCAACAGUGAAAGUAUCUUCCACUUCCACUUACUGCAGUUGUCUGGAGCGAACAUCAAUGAACUUGUCUUGCAGACACAUAUUAUUGGUUAGAAAAAUAGAGAAAGAAAAUUUAUUUGAAGAAACUUUAUGUAAUGAAAGAUGGACCCGCAAUUAUUAUUUUGAGACUCAAAGAGUUUUUAAAUCUUCCGAUGAACAAAUCCCUGUUCCAGAAUCCAUUAUUUCUUCCAUUGAAUAUAAAAAAAAAAUUUUGUCGGAAAACGAAAAAUUCAGAAAAGCAAAUGAAAUAGCUAAAAAAUUGCCGAGUCUAGCCGCAGAAGUUGGUACGAAAUUGUUCACAAGUAGAUUUAAAGUUCUAGUUGAUUUAUUAGAAGCGUGGCAAAAUAAUGAAGAGGUGGAAAUAAUAAAAAUAACAAACAGAAAUAAGCAAAAAAUUAAUAAUUCUAGACUAAGUAGAAUAAACCUACAUCACGACAGCAAUAACAGCAACAACAACGAGAACGAUACAAUUAUUGAGGAUAGCGACUGCGAUAAUAAUAAUAAUUUUAAUAACAAUAAUAAUAAUAAUAAUGAUGAUGAUGAUAAUAGUGAUAGUGAAAUGUUAAAUCAAUUAGAAUCUUCAAAAUCAAGUGAUCACGAAUUUAUAGUUGAUAAUAAUACUACUGGUGGACUUGAUUAUCAUGAUGUACCAGAAACAAAUUUAUUGAAAAUUAAGGUAAUUGAUGAAAAAUCAACAAGAAAGAAUUAUGAUCUCCAGAACGACUCAAGUAAUGACAAUUCCGAGUCUAUGAAAAUUAUGGUUCAUGAACCACCACAACCAAAUAAUAAUUAUGCUGACAGUUCUGAUGAUGAUGAAGAUGAUAUCGAUCGUUACUUGAAAUUAAAAGACAUAAAAAUUUGUUACCAGACAGUUCAGAAGAUGAUGAUCAAAUGAUAAAUAAAAAUGAUGAAUUGAAAGAAAAUGAAAUAAAUUUAAACACAUUAAAUCUGUGCAAAGAUAAUAGUUUAAAUAAAUCGCUACUCGUAAAUAGGGUUUCAACUGUGCCAAAAAUUUUAAAUGAAACGAAAACUUCCUCGACGAUAAGAAAAGAUAUUAAUGUCCUUUCAAAUAUUAUAGUACAACCUUCAUUAAAGCGAAGAGGACGGCCGAAAGGCACUGAUAAGACUGUUAUUGGACUGCCCAGAAAAGUAAAACGUGCUAAAAAAGAAAAAGAAAUUCCAUUUAUCGAAAAGUUAUCAAUCGAAAAAUCAAAAAUUAUUUUAAAAUGGUUGAUGCCACGAAAUAAUAUUGAUGAAAUAUUAAAUAACAAAAGAAGAAUAAGUGAAUCGGAUGUAACAAUAUCGAUUAACGAAUUAUCUUUUGCAAUUAUUGAUGAUAAAAAUAUCAAUUUAUCAUCAAUAAAACAAUAUUUCACCAAUGAGGGGUGGGAAAAAGUGAAUCAUUUGUGUGAACAAAAAAAAAUUGAAUGGCAAUGUAAAUAUUGUAAAAUAGAUUUAAAUAAGACGGUCGAUAAUGACGAUGACAAUGACGAUGAUGAUGACAUGGACGAAAUAAAAAAAUUUAAAAUAAGCAUAGGAUGUGACUAUUGUCUCGAAUGGUACCAUUUGAAAUCUGCUGGUCUGGUGAAAAAACCUAAGUACCGAUUAUGGAUGUGUGCUGGCUCCAAGAGCACACGAUGAUUGUCAUAAUUUAUUGCACUUUGUUAUCGUUGAUAUUUUUCCUUGAUAAUAA